AUGUCCUCUGAAGAAUAUAAUAAACCAGUGGUUAAAGAUACUGUUCAUUCAGAUCCAGAACUUGGUGAAGUUGCUGAACAUUCUUCAUACUCACAAACUCAAUCAGAUCCAAUAAAAUCACAAUCAAAAUGGACUCGUUUUAAAGAUUCUUUCAAAGCAAUGGAAGAUGAAGAAAUUGAUGGUUCAAAUAUGACUGAUUUAGAAAAAGCCAUUGCUAAAACUGCUAAAUCACCAUUACAUAAAUCUUUAAAGAAUCGUCAUUUACAAAUGAUUGCCAUUGGUGGUGCUAUUGGUACAGGUUUAUUUAUUGGUUCUGGGGGUGCUUUAGCAACUGGUGGACCUGCUGCCUUGUUAAUAGGUUGGUUAGCUGUGGGGACUAUGAUUUAUUGUACGGUUCAAGCAUUAGGUGAAAUGGCUGUUACUUUCCCAAUUUCUGGUGCUUUUAAUGUUUAUUCAACAAGAUUUAUUCAUCCUUCGUGGGGUUUUGCAAUGGGUUGGAUUUAUACAUUACAAUGGCUUACUGUGUUACCAUUAGAAUUAGUUGCAGCUUCUAUAACUAUUCAAUAUUGGAAUUCAAAUAUAAAUCCAGUUGCAUGGGUUGCAAUUUUUUAUUUAUUAAUUGUUUCAAUAAAUUUCUUUGGUGUUAAAGGUUAUGGAGAAGCUGAAUUUGUCUUUUCAUUCAUUAAAGUCAUUGCAGUUGUUGGAUUCAUCAUCUUGGGUAUAAUCUUGAACUGUGGUGGUGGUCCAAAAGGUGGUUAUAUAGGUGGUAAAUAUUGGCAUGAUCCAGGUGCUUUUGCUAAUGGGUUUAAAGGUGUUUGUACUGUUUUCGUCACUGCUGCUUUUUCAUUCUUGGGAACAGAAUUAGUUGCAUUAGCUGCUUCAGAAUCUGCAAAUCCAAGAAAGUCAUUACCAAGAGCUACAAAGCAAGUUUUUUGGAGAAUUUUAUUAUUUUAUAUCAUUUCAUUAACUUUAAUUGGAUUAUUAGUUCCAUAUACUGAUGAUCGAUUGGGUAAAGGUUCAUACGAUGCUUCAGCUUCACCUUUCGUUAUUUCAAUUAGAAACGCUGGUAUUUCAGGUUUACCAUCUGUGAUUAACGUUGUCAUUAUGAUUGCAGUCUUAUCAGUUGGUAAUUCUGCUGUUUUUGGUUGUUCUCGUACAAUAACAGCAUUAGCAGCCCAAGGUUUUGCACCAACAUGUUUUGCAUAUAUUGAUCGUAAAGGUCGUCCAAUCUUCUCAGUAUUGUUAAGUUUAACUAUUGGUUUAUUAUGCUUUAUAACUGCAUCACCUAAACAAAGUGAAGUCUUUGUUUGGUUAAUGGCAUUAUCUGGUCUUUCUUCGGUAUUUGCUUGGGGUUCAGCUUGUGUAGCUCAUAUUAGAUUUAGACAAGCUAUGAAAUAUCAAGGACGUGAUCCUCAUACUGAAUUGGCUUAUACUUCACAAUGUGGUGUAAUUGGAUCUUAUUAUGGUGCAGGUUUAAACAUCUUGGUCUUGGUUGCACAAUUUUGGAUAGCUGCCUUCCCAUUAGGUAAAAAAUCAACAGCUGAAGCAUUUUUUAAAGCUUAUUUAGCAGCUCCUGUUAUUCUAGGGUUUUAUCUUUUCCAUAAAAUUUGGAAGAAAAAUUGGUCAUUAUUUGUUAGAAUUGAAGAUAUGGAUAUUGAUUCUGGUAGAGCUGAACGUGAUUUAGAUUUAUUAAGACAAGAAAUUGCAGAAGAGAAGGCUGAAUUGGCUACAAAACCUUUCUUUAUAAGGUUGUACAGAUUUUGGUGUUGA